UUUUUUCUCAAUUCCCACUGCUUGUAAUUUUCUAAAAAAAUUGUGGCAGCAAAACCACACGGCAGCUCAAGGUGAAGAGCAUAGAAGGGGACCAAAUGAAAAUGUCCUGGUAGUCGGUCCAGGGGAAGUGUUUCUCGGAUUCGAUUUUUGGUAUGUUAAUCUGAAGAAAAAAAAUGAGGCGGAGAGCGGCGGAUUUUCGGCGGCCGGUGCGGCGGAGAUUCUCGAAUGUGUUUUGGUUGACAUUAUGCGGAUUGGUGGUUUUGUUGUUCAUUGUUGUGUUGAGUCGGGAGAGCAGGCCGGAAUCGAGAUCGGGAUUAACGAAGAGAUCUUACAGGCAUGACAGAAUUGUAGAAGGCCUUAACAUUACAGACGAAAUGUUGAGGCCCAACUCAGUUGCGAGGCAACUUAGUGAUCAAAUUGCUCUUGCAAAGGCAUUUGUUGUGAUUGCAAAAGAAAGCAACAACCUCCAAUUUGCAUGGGAAUUAAGUGCCCAGAUUCGUAACUCACAGGUCCUCCUUUCAAAUGCUGCACUGCGACGAAAUCCUUUGACAACCAGAGAAUCAGAAACUGCAAUUCAUGAUAUGGCACUUCUUCUCUACCAAGCCCAGCAACUCCAUUACGACAGUGCAACCAUGAUCAUGAGACUUAAAGCCAAAAUCCAGGGUCUUGAAGAACAGAUGAACUUGGUAAGUGAGAAGAGUUCAAAGUAUGGACAAAUAGCUGCUGAGGAGGUUCCCAAGAGUUUAUACUGCAUUGGUGUUCAGUUAACGACCGAAUGGUUCAGGAACUCAAAUAUACAGAGGAAACUGAAAGAAAAAAGGCAAAUAACCGUGAAAAUUAGAGAUGACAGUCUUUUUCAUUUCUGCGUCUUCUCCGAUAACAUUCUUGCAACUUCCGUUGUGGUCAAUUCAACUGCUUUUAAUUCCAAAAAUCCUCACAUGGUUGUGUUCCACCUUGUAACUGAUGAAGUGAACUACGCUGCAAUGAAGGCCUGGUUCUCCAUCAACAGUUUCCGAGGAGUGACAGUUGAUGUCCAAAAAUUUGAAGACUUUAGCUGGUUAAAUGCGUCUUAUGUUCCGGUCCUUAAGCAGCUUCAAGACUCCGACACUCAGAACUACUAUUUCUCUGGCAACAGUGAUGAUGGUCGGACCCCAAUUAAGUUCCGAAACCCUAAAUACCUAUCUAUGCUUAAUCACCUUAGGUUUUAUAUCCCAGAAGUUUUUCCUGCACUGAAGAAAGUGGUAUUUCUCGAUGACGAUGUUGUGGUUCAGAAGGAUUUGUCAGCUCUGUUCUCCAUAGAUCUGAAUGGUAAUGUUAACGGGGCAGUCGAGACUUGCAUGGAGACAUUUCAUAGAUAUCACAAGUACUUGAAUUAUUCUCACCCUCUUAUACGAGCACAUUUUGAUCCCGAUGCAUGUGGAUGGGCAUUUGGGAUGAAUGUUUUUGACUUGGUUGAGUGGAGGAAAAGGAAUGUGACAGGGAUCUAUCACUACUGGCAGGAGAAAAAUGUAGACCGUACUUUGUGGAAACUGGGUACGCUACCACCUGGACUGUUGACUUUUUACGGGUUGACAGAGCCACUGGACCCUAUGUGGCAUAUAUUGGGGUUGGGUUAUACGACCGUUAAUCCUCAAAUGAUAGAGAAGGGGGCUGUACUGCACUAUAAUGGGAACUCAAAGCCAUGGUUGAAGAUUGGAAUGGAAAAGUACAAGCCUCUUUGGGAUAAGUAUGUUGAUUAUACCCAUCCUCUAUUGCAACAGUGCAAUGUUCAUUGACUUGAAAAUAUGGUUCGUUUUCAAUCUCUUCCAUGAGCUAUCUGGUUGUGUGUGUUGAAGAGUGAAAUUUUUUGUACCGAGGACUGCUUGUAGAAUUUUGUAAAAACAGGCAAAGGUUAGUUUCUGUAACAUUGGUAUUCAAUUGAUAAUAUGAUUUGGUGUUGUUUAAUUUGUUUCUCAUUUGUAAUUUAUUUACCAUCAAGUUGAUAUGUAUUUAUAUACCUAUUACCUACUAGAAUCAGCUGCAAAUCUAUUUGAUUAUUUGGCAGUUGAUAACAAUGUUUUUCAGUAUUUUUUUGGUGAUCAGAAUCUAUGAGAGGUAUCUAAACCUUUCUCCUUUU